AUGGCGUCUCGUCAUCUCUCCUACGAUACACAUUCACUACUGUUUACCAAUGAUAGCGAUUCCCAGUCUGUGAAUGAUGACUUUGUGUCGUUCCCCACGCUACCGGAUCCUGAGCAGGCUGCCAACCGGUCGUUUUCGAAGAUCAUCACCAAGACGUUGAGGAAAGUGACCAACAACGCUUCCAACUUGGUUCAUACGUAUGCUUCUCCACGUCAUCACGCCGAGGCUCCCGAUGUGCCCGCUGAUCCAUCUGAUUCUCAGUCUAUUUACCAUGAACAUUCAACCCCGAACACUCCAGUGCAUAGGACGCCUGCUGAACAUAGACUGAGGCAACAUAGCACGGCUGCAUCUUUUUCGUCGUCUCAGGAAGAAUCGUCUUCGAAUGGCUCAUACUCAUUGCUGGAUCAAGAUCAACAUCAUGAAUCGACCCCUAGUGGCGAACCAAGCUCUCCUCAUGUUAAUGCUCCAUGGCCAGGACUGGACUCUUCGGCCAGACAGCCAAGCACAGAGUCAUGGCUAAAGCCUGUGUCGAGCAAUCGUGGCUCGUUGAUACCCUCUGCAUCUCCAGCAUCCAUAAAAAGGGCCGAAAGCGUUAACGGUGUGUCCCCAGGACGUGUUUUGGCCCCUCUGUUGUUUCGUAUGAACUCAGACCUACAUCCUAGAGUGACUUCGGACAACAAAUCAUUGCGUCUAUCGACCAUGGGCGUUUCAAAACAGCAUGCUCCAAUAGUUUCUCAAACGGAUGUCACCGUAUCAAACACCGAUGGGGAAGCAGCACCAUCAAGGCCGCUACUGAUUCGACUGGGCAUUAAGGGCCAAGCCACUCCGCCAAAGCGUAGCUCUUCAAUCAAAAGUGACACGAAAGCCCUUCAGAACAGAAUCUCCUCGAUCUUCAAUAACCUACCGAACGAUAUUGAACUUUCUGAUGAUUCAGCUUCUGAUAUCGAGACUAUCAACAAUGAUAGUAUUUCUGCAUCCCCAGUGGCGAAUCGCUUGUCACCGCGACAGCCCACUAAAGCUAAGGUUGAUAUUGCCCCUGUCAAGCUAGACAAACAAUCACAACAAGCUAGAACGCCCCUGUCGCCUCCAUCAUCUGCAUCAGUGCUGGUUUACCGGACUCCCUCGGUGACCCGCAAAAUAUCGGCAAACCUAUCCUCCUCUUUAUUGGAUAGCGCCAAAAGCAUCAUUAAUAACAAUAUUACUGGUAAAGGCUCGUCAUCCAGUUCCAUUAUCGGGUCAAUGGGAGAUAUCAGAAAGAAGAGAAAGAAGAAGAGAAUUGCUCGUAAACUCUCUGACAACCCACUAAAGAAUGGUGGUAUCCCGAAGAAGUAUUGGAUGAAUGACUCGUUCGUGUCAGAUUGUCUCAACUGCUUCAAACCAUUUUCAGCAUUCAGAAGAAAACACCACUGUCGCUUUUGCGGUCAAAUCUUCUGUUCCAGUUGCACUUUAUUUAUUUCAUACAGCCAGUAUAAGCACGAGAAGAUGAAGAAGAAGCUGUCAAAGGAACACAAAGUCUAUAAUGAUAAGCUACGGGUCUGCAAGCCAUGUUAUAGUGAUGUUAUCGUCUACCUUAGUGAUGAUUCCCUGAGUUCUUCUGAAGAAGCUGAAAGCGACUUCUUCGCUAAUGAUGAAUCCGAGUCACAAGAUCAGAAUCUCAAGGUUCCUCCAGCAGAACAUCCAUUAGUGCGUUACAGGUCAAGGUCCGUCAGCUCCAGACGUGACAGCGUUGCUACCGAGUCUCUUACACUGGCAGGUCAACAAAGCUCAAGAAAGGACAAUUUUCCGCUGAGUGGUACUCCUACUGUGAAUUCUACCAAGGAACCGAGCCAGAGAAGCUCUGAGGUAACGUCAUACAAGCAUGCUCCACAAAUGGCUAUCCCAACUACGAGAACAGGAGAGGCUAUUGAAAUCCCUGUCUCCAGAAGUCCUUUUACGAAUAGUAAUUUGCCAGUGAAGCAGAACUUGGCUGCUCUUGCUAUGCGUAAUGCUGUCAACAACACCAACUCCGUUCCAUCUCUUGAGCCACAAGAAGAAGGUUUGACAGCAUGGUACUCCCCGUUUCACGACGUACAGGAUACCGUAACAGACGUCGUUCGUCCAAACAGUCUUGAAAAUCUUGGAAAGCUUUACAAUUCAUUUUUGCAUAGAAACCCUUAUAGACUUACUCGAUCUACCUCGGAAAGGAUGACAAGACCGAAUGUUCUCAUAAAGCAGAGAGCAGCAUUUGAGUCUGAACGAGACGAUGACAACGAAAGUGAAAACGAAGACGAGAAAGUAAUGUCUCUUUACACUUCGCUCAACAAUGAAUUACAUGGUAAGGGCAAAAGGUCAUCACUGUCUCCUAGAGCAAAGCCGUUGAGCCAGUCAAUGUCGCUGGUUCCGACGUUACAUGAGUUCCCAGCGAUGAAUGUUAACGACAAGUACAUUCCUAGUCCAAUGAACUUUGCUAAGCAGCCCGACGAAGAGAUUACGCCUGGCUUUGGGAUCAACGCCAACAAGAAUCGUUCGGAUCAUAGGUCCUCGGAGAGAGCUAAGGCUUCCCUUAACAGGAUGCGACAGAAACGUAUGAACAAGUUGAGGAAUAGGCACGAUCAUGCCAAGACGUCGCUUAAGUUACCACAACUUGAUACAACCUCUGACAGCGGACGCCCUUCAAUUCUAAGCCCUCAAACUACGCCGACGUCACCUAUUCCACUAGGCCCCAGUAUUCUUUCAGACCAUAGAGACAUUCCCAAUAGCAGUCUACAGGGUGUACGCACCGAAAGCUCCUUCGACCUUUCAACUGGCUCUCCAUUGGCCCACAAAGGAUGGGAUGAGAAGACUUCGGCAAGUGAACCGUAUCUUCAUGAGGAUGUUGAUUUCAAUAACGCUCAGGACUCGCAUGCUAACGACGGCGAAUUAAUUGCUUAUUUCGGAGGCCUAUUACCAACAAUUGAUAAGGUUUACGAUGACUUCAUGCACAAGCUUCUACUCCAGUCUUUGGCGGAUUGUGACAUUGCUGACCCAGAUGAUCAAAGACGUUGGGGAUCAGUGUUGUUUGAUGCCCUCCGUAAAGUUUACCAGCUUAAGAUUUCAGAUACACUUGAUAUAAAGCAGUAUGUCAAGUUUAAAAAGAUUUCAGGAGGAGCUAUUGAAGAUACCCAUGUUGUCGAUGGUCUUUUCAUAACCAAGAACAUUGACUCUAAGCGAAUGCAACUGAGAAUCGAGCAACCGCGUAUUGCCCUUCUUAUGUUUCCUUUGGAGUAUUUGAAGCACAAGGAGCAGUUUAUAAGCUUGAGGAUUGUGGGUUCUCAACAGUCAGUUUACAUUGGAAACCUUGUGUCGCGUUUGAUCUCUCUUGAGCCUGAUAUUAUUGUCGUUGGUGAUAGUGUUUGUGGUCUUGCUUUGAAGCUCCUAGAGGAAGCAAACGUUACCGUGCUUUCGAAUGUUAAACCCCAGGUUAUUGAGAGGAUUUCAAGGUAUACGAGAGGAGAUAUUUUUUCUACCGUGAACGACUUGUUUUUCAAAAAAGGGUCUCUUGGCUCAUGCAGCCUUUUUGAAGUACGAAAGUUUAUUCACGAAGACACGGUAAAAACAUACUCCUUCUUCACCGGAUGUGAUACUCAGUACGGCUUUACAAUUUGCUUGCGUGGAAGUGACAGUGAGUCUUUGAGUGGAGCUAAGUACACCACAGAGACGCUUACUCCAGCACUUUGGAACGCCAAGUUCGAGAAGGGCUUCUUCAUCACGUUAGCACUAGCCUUCCAGGAGCCUAAAACUCGUCCGGGAACUGAGACAUUGAGUCUCUUGAAUCAAAGCUUGAUAGACGCAAAGAGCAUUGAGAACGAACCUAUCACGAACUGCCUCAAUUCUAUUGAGCACUAUGGUAUUGCCAAUUAUAUCAAGCUCUUCACGGAAAGAUUUUUGAGCGUGUCUCCUUCAGUUAACUUUGGCCUUCCAGGAGUUUUGCUCAAUGUCGUGAAUGCCUUCGUGAGAUACAUUGACUUUGCUUGCUUCAACCACAAGAUACAACUGGUGUUGGAUCCAGAUUCGUUUGAAGUCGAUUGGCUCACAAAGGCAAGAGUUGAUAUUGAUCCGAAUCGCUUCAAUGGCUUUGAUGAUAUCAUCAGAAUGCUCCGCUUCGUUUGCAAAGAUCGCUCCAUCAGCCUUUUGGAAGAAUUCAACACGAGGAUGCGUAACUGGUCGAAUAGCAUCAAGUACAACUGUUACCAAUUAUACCCUAUUUUCCACAGGAGUAUCCAUGUUCUUUAUUCUACUGUUUCCAUCAAGCAUGCUACUCCUUGUACUGGGCCAGUUGUCGUUGUCAUUGAUUAUCACACAGAUAACGAUAAGUGUUUAGGAGUCUUUUUGGAUCAAGCUCUCCAGGAAUCUGGAAAGGUAUGCGAGGACUGCAAUGAAUUACUUCUCGACCAUUACAAGACCUAUGUCCAUGAUAAUGCGAAGGUUGAUUUGAUAAUUGAGCGGGUUGAUAGUUCUUCGCAUAGUCACACUUUCAAAGGAAAGGAUGAGCGUAUUAUGUGGAGCCACUGUCCGGAAUGCAAUUACUCGACGCCAAUCUCUUACAUGAAUGACGAGAUUUACUACUUGUCCUUAGGAAAGUUCUUUGAGCUUUCAUUUUGGUCUGACGGAGUCAACCAUGAUGGUCCUUGUUCCCAUGACUAUUUCAAGAAACAUGUCAAGUACUUUGGCUACAACGAUGUUGUCAUCCGCAUGGAGUAUUCGAAGAUUGAAACGUACGAAGUGGUGGUUCCACGUAAGAGACUCGAAUCUACCCUAGAGACAGAUAUCAGACUCAAGAUUGAAAGUUUUGAACGAAUUUCGAAGAAAAUGGAAGGAUUCUUCCUGAGUAUUUCUGGGAGACUUAAUAGGGUUAAACUUGAUACUGCGGACAAGGCAGAAGCUGGCUAUCAAAGGGUUGAGGAGUUGAAGGAACGAGUAACUCAACAACUUGAGACCUUAUCCUCGAAACUUCUUAAAGUCUAUGAACAAACGCUUCCUACGAAUUAUGUUCUGUUGAAUGCUAUUCAGCGUGAUUUGCAAGAUAUUGUUGUCGAAUGGGAUACCGAGUUUAACGAGUUUGAAUCCGACUUUUUGCCUACAGAGAAUGAAAUCACCAAGAUAACUCAAUCUCACCUUCGGAACUUCUUAAUUGACAAGUUGGAUAAUGACGGAUCUGAGAAGAGAAACGCAGAGAAAGCUAAGAAGGAAGAUCAGUCGAAGGCAAAGAGUGCCAACAGCUCGGACAGCAACCUGAGAGCUUCGCCUGAGUCAAUCAAAGGCUCUAGUCAGAUACAACCUAAGAGGCCGGUGCCUCUGUUGAACAAGUUUAGAGUACCCUCGGCAGUCAUUGAAGAUAAGAUUUCACAGAUCCAGCAGUCAUUUGAAAAUGAUAACAAGGGAUCGUUCAAGUCUCCUGAUAAGUCUUGUGCUAACUCUCUUCAUGGCGAUUCACCUGACAACUCUACUCAACAGAAUCCAAAGAAAGUGCAAGAUUUGACUAACUACUUCAACCAGAUGACCCUUGAAUUCCAGCGUCAAAGAGAGGAAGCCUUGGAAAAGAAGUCCUACAAGUACAAGACUUUACCCAUUGUUAAUUCUCUGCCAAUCGUUGAGAUUUAUGGUAAUAUUGAAGACGUUGUGGAUGUCAAUCAGGAUAACAAGCGGAACAAGUUAUUGCGGAACGAUUCUGCUUCCACAAUGCCAAAGCUGCCUGAAGAAGGCUUCCGUGGAAAUCCACUUCAAGAACAAAUGCUAAGCCAGCCUACAUCUGAGGGAGUUUAUCUGGAAAAGAAGGUAAUUGAUAGGAAAGAGGAACAGAAGCAUUUGGCUGAUCAAAAUAAGAAGUUGCUCGAGGAGAUGAAUAAGUCAGGAAAGGAUAGUGAGAGAAAUUCGUUACUCAAGUCUCUUAUGAACUAUUGGGCCGACAGAUCAGCUACCUUGUGGGAUCCUCUUGAUUAUCCAUUCGAUGUUACUGAGCAUACUUUUGCCGAUUCUGAUGUCAUUGUUCGUGAAGAUGAGCCAAGUUCCCUUGUCGCUUUCUGCCUUUCCUCCAGCGUAUACAAACAGAAAAUCCAAGAUAUGGCAGUGGCGACAGACGAAGAAGAUUUGGAGGCAAAGGCUGAACAAUUCACCAAGAUCGAAAGGAAGUUUAAGAAGAAUUUUGGUUCGUCCAACAGACAGAUGAGUGAUUUGGAGAGCACAAUGGUGAAAGCCAAGACGAACCACUUGAAGUAUCAGUUUUCAGACGGAAACACGAUGUUGUCGUGUAAGAUUUUCUACAGUGAGCAGUUUGAUGCAUUUAGAAGAGCUUGUGGGUUGGACCAAUCGUUUAUUCAAAGUUUGUCAAGAUGCAUUAAGUGGAAUUCGAAAGGUGGUAAGAGUGGAUCGAAUUUCUUGAAGACGUUGGACAAUAGGUAUAUCGUGAAGGAGUUGCUGAAAUCAGAGUUGGAAUCCUUUGUGUCGAUAGCGCCGUUCUAUUUUAAGUACAUUUCCCAGUCAACCUUCAACACCUUGACUACGGCCAUUGCAAAGAUUUUCGGAUUCUACCAGAUCGAAAUCAAAAACUCUGUGUCAGGAAAGACGUUCAAGAUGGAUUUCUUAAUCAUGGAGAACCUCUUUUACAACCGCAAGUGCUCGAGAAUAUUCGAUCUCAAGGGAUCUAUGAGAAAUAGGCAUGUGCAGCAGACAGGUAAGGAGAAUGAGGUGUUGCUUGACGAGAAUAUGAUUGAGUACAUUUACGAAAGUCCAGUGUUUGUCAAGGAGCAGCUGAAGAAGUUAUUAAGAGGAUCUUUGUUCAACGACACAUCGUUCCUUUCGGCAAUGGACGUAAUGGAUUACUCUUUGGUUGUUGGUAUAGAUGAUAGCACGCAGAAGCUUUGUGUGGGUAUCAUUGACUGGCUACGGACGUUUACGUGGGACAAAAAGGUUGAGAACUGGGUCAAGGGAAGUACGCUUGUCGGUAAGAAAGGCAAGGAUCCAACCAUUGUCACGCCAAAGCAGUACCAAUUGAUUGAUCUCGACAGAAUGAUAUUCUCAUCUAUCGCUACCACCCUCCUUAUCAUAUCGUUGGUGUUUCUUAUUUUGGCAAAUGUGUCUGCUCCAGUUACUACCGCGUUGAAGGUUGCCUCUCACAAUGACUACACCUAUGGUAUCUUUGGUUACUGCUGGAGAGGCUCUUGUCCAGGUGGAACGUACCCCAUGAACUUUGGUGACUACGAUACCAAUUCAGACUGGUUGUUUGCUGCUGACACAAGAAAUACCUUGUCCAAGUCAUUUAUUGUUGCUCCAAUUGCUGCUGGUUUAGUGUUCUUGGCCAUGGUGUCCACCGCGGCUCUGAUCAUCAUUGAUCCAUCUUGGUUGGUCAUUUCCGCCAUUAUACUCACGGUGCUUGCCUUCCUUGCUUCAGCUGUGACAGCUGUGAUGGUGGUUCUCGUGUUCCACCCUCACGUUGACUGGACUGGUUGGCUCUUGGUGGCUGCUGCCGCCUUGACGCUUAUUGCUAUUCCAUUCAUGAUUCUCGCUAUCCGCGUGCAUCCUCAGCGUGACGAUGACGACGAGGACGAGACCGAGUCUAAGAGCAAUUUUGUGGCAUAUAACAAGAUCGAUAGCAAUGGCAACCUGGGUUUCUCGGGCCCCGCAAUUGGCGGUGUUCGUCCACAGCCUGCCUACACGUUCAACAACCUUCAAAGAGACACCACCAACGACGACGAAAGCUCCUUCUUGAAAGAUUCCACCUACAGAGGAACGACAAGGGGCUACGUUGCUAAGGAUGACUCUCUGGCCAGCUUGUAUGACUCUCAGCCCCGCACUGCCAAUGAUGUCACAAAGCCUGGUCUCACCAACUUCCCCAAUGGCAGCAAUGGCAGUUACUACGAAGAUGCUAGUGUAAACAUCAACAACGGUCCAAGCACGCCAGUGUCGGCGAAGCAGAAGAUGGCUCCCACUUUUGUGCCGAACGUGGCUGUGAAGUCAGAUGAGAAUGGCAGAACCAACGACGCCAACUUGCCUUACCCAGCCUCUGAGCGUGGCUCGGUAGCCCUCAACAACUCCCAGAAAUACGGAGUGUUUGACCACCACCCUAACGUUGAAGGCCACCAGCCUUUCACUGAAAUGGGUGACGAGCUGCCAGAGCACCAGCAGGCUGAUUUGGAUAACGACGAUGGUUCCGAUUUCACCAGCAUCUCCCAAAGACAACCCAAUGUGGCGUACAAUCCAAAUGGUCCAAACCCUGGCGCGCCCAAUUCUGCCCAGGCGGCUCCAGGCGGGCCAGGUGCCGGUUAUCGCCCUGUCGCACCACAGGGAUAUCAGCCUCAGCAGCAGCAGCCUCAGCAGUAUCCUAACGUUUCUCAGUACCAACCUCAUUAUCAGCAAAGCUACCAGCAAGGUUUCCAGCCUUCUUCUCAGCUGCUGUCUUAUUAUGGCGCGGAGGCUCAGCAACAAAGAGGAGCUGCUUACCAGGGACACUAUGGUGCUCCUGGCAAUGGAGGCGGUGGUUACGCGCAGGCCAGACCUCAAAAGCCUUCAGUAUCGGAUAAUGUUUUGAACACCAAUCCUGACUUUGCCUUGGGCGGAGUGGCAAGAAGAAAACAAUUUGGCAACCCUGCUUACAACAGGUAUGGGGGCCAGCAACCUGGCCAGCAGCCUCUUCAUAGGCCUGGCGGAAGACCACCUAGAGAUGGACCUUACGGUAUGAUCUAG